UCCUAGGAGUAUUACUCUAGCCAGCGGGCCUAGUUAGAUUGUUACUACCUCCGUGCCAAAAUAUACGACGUUUUUGCAAUUCAAUUUGAACUACAAAAUAGCUUUAUACUCCAUCAUGUAAGAUGCCAUCAUGUUAAUUAACACCAAGGCAGAUUUGUGCAUUCGCAGUCAUGCACUCCAAUUGGCAGCCACCUUAUAUACGCCAUUUUAAAGUAACCUAUCCGGCUGUCCAUUAUUGUUCAGCCCCAUUCCACCAUUAGCAUCAGCGCUCUCACUCUCAACUCUCAAGUGGCAGUGGCACCAUGUGCAGAGGCAGAGCAGCUAGCUAGCCAAAUGCAAUCUCGUUGCUAAGAGCGAAAGGGACGAGAUAAAUAUCGACAACGUAAGGCAUAGCUGCAGAGGAAGGUCGUCGAGUAAUCAAGCCACCAAGAUCUCACCCGGCCGAACUGUUGGGACGAUGGAAGCUGUAGAAGUAGAAUCGAAAGGCUCUCACGGUGGCGAUGAUCGCCGGAAGGAUCGCCGGACCUCGUGGGGCUGCGUUCUUCUCCUCGUGAACAACUGCUUCCAGUACACGGCCUACUUUGGCGUGUCGACCAACCUGGUGAACUACCUCAAGGUCCAGCUGCACUCCGGCAGCAAGGCCGCCGCCAACAGCGUCACCAACUGGCAGGGCACGGGCUCCAUCACGCCGCUCGCCGCCGCCUUCCUCGCCGACUCCUUCCUCGGCAGAUACUGGACCAUCACCGUCUUCCUCCUCAUCUCCGUUGCCGCGUAUGGGGUGGUGACGGCGAGCGCGUCGGCGGCGCUGGAGAGCGCGGUGUUCUACGCGGGGCUGUACCUGGUGGCGCUGGGCGGCGCGCUGCAGCCGGUCCUGUCGUCGUUCGGGGCCGACCAGUUCGACGCCGAGGCCGACGAGGAGGAGCGCGGGCGGCAGAGCUCCUUCUUCAACUGGUUCUACCUCUCCAUCAACGUGGGCUCGCUGGUCGGCGGCACCGUGCUGGUGUGGGUGCAGUCCGCGCACGGUUGGCUGCUGGGCUACGGCAUCCCGGCGCUGCUGAGCGUGGUCGCCGUCGCGCUGUUCCUGGCCGGCACCGGCGCGUACCGGCGCCACCAGCCCCCGGGCGGCAGCCCGCUCACCAGGAUCGCGCAGGUGGUGGUCGCCGCCGCCAGGAAGUGCGACGUGGUGGCGCCCGCGGACGCCGCGCUGCUGCACGAGCUUGACGGCGAGGACGGCAUGUCCGCGAUACUGGGGAGCCGCCGCCUCGCGCACACCGACCAGUUCAGGGUCUUGGACAAGGCGGCGGUGGAGACGGCCGGCGACAAGGCGCGUCCGGCGAGCCCGUGGCGGCUGUGCACGGUGACACAGGUGGAGGAGCUCAAGUGCGUGCUCCGGCUGCUGCCGGUGUGGGCGUGCGGCAUCAUCUUCGCGGCGGCGUACACGCAGAUGACCACCACCUUCAUCCUCCAGGGUGACACGCUGGACCCGCGUGUCGGCAGCUUCAGCGUGCCCGCCGCCGUGCUCACCGUCUUCGACACGCUCAGCGUCAUGCUCUGGGUGCCGCUCUACGACCGCGCCGUCGUCCCGCUCGCGCGCCGCCUUACGGGCCACCGCCGCGGGUUCACGCAGCUGGCGCGCAUGGGCGUGGGCUUCGUCAUCCUCACGAUCGCCAUGCUCGCCGCCGGCACGCUCGAGGUGGCGCGGCGCCGCGUCGUCGCGCGCCACGGCACGUACAGCGGCGAGGACGGCGCGGAGUACGUGCCGAUGUCGAUCUUCUGGCAGGUGCCGCAGUACGUGGUGAUGGGGGCGGCGGAGGUGUUCACGUUCAUCGGGCAGAUGGAGUUCUUCUACGACCAGGCGCCGGACGCCAUGCGGAGCGUCUGCUCGGGGCUCUCCGGCGCGGCGUUUGCGCUGGGCAACUAUGCGAGCUCGGCGCUGGUGGCCGUCGUGGUGGGCGCCACCACCCGGGGCGGGCGGCCUGGGUGGAUUCCCGACGACAUCAAUGACGGCCACCUGGACUACUUCUUCUGGCUGCUCGCCAUGCUCUGCAUCGGCAACUUCGGCGCGUACCUGCUCGUCGCACGGUGGUAUAGCUACAAGAAGACCGCUGACUGAACUAGGAGAUCACUGUACCGUAACGUGAUGAAUUGGAAACGGAAACCUGACGUCCUAUCCUUCUGGUAAGCAUAGGAAAGCAUAGCACGGUGGUAUACCUACUGGUAACCUUGCUCUGGAAAAAAUCGGUGGCUGUCAGGAAGGACUUUCAACUCUCUUCUCAUCCUACUCAUGCAUUUCAGUGUUCGACAAUAUUUCGUGGACA